AUGCGCCUAACCAACACCCUCGUCGUGGCUGUUGCUGCCAUCCUUCUCGCAAGCGAAAACGCUUUUUCUGCAGCAACUGAUGCCGACCAGGCUACCGUUUCGAAGUUGGCGGCAGCGGAGUUCGACACGUUGGUCGAUGUCCUCACCACUGAGAGCAAGAGAUCCCUUCGGGCCACGGUCGAUGACGGCGAAGAGAGGUACAAGCAGUUUAAAAUCGAAGCCUUGAAAAAAGGAAAGUGGACGGAUAUUUUCAACAAAUGGAAGGGUAACGAGCUUAGUCCGGCCGAGGUCCAGAACAAGCUGAAAAACAAGAAAUUGAGCGACGAUUUGAAAGACGCUAUUUUCAGGAAUUAUAAAGACUGGUAG